AAAGACACUUAAUCGUACAAGAUGGCCAAGAAGAAGGGGAGGAAGGGAAAGAAGGGCAAGAAGCCAAAGGUUGAUUGCAGGUUCAAGAUCACAGAUGAGAUGCUUAAGCCAAUGAAUGAGAAUGCUGAUGAUUGCGAUGGCUGUUGCCAGUGCGCCUGCGAUUGCGACUGCAGUCCGGAGCUGGCUCCUUGCUUCAUCCAACCUACUAAACAGGAUCCGGGUCCGGAGGCCUACGAUGAGUUCGAGGCCUGCCUUAAUGGCAGUGGGUUGACGAUCAGAGUGCUGAAGAACACCCAUAAGGUGGAGAGCGUCCAGGAUGGAUCCGAGAAUGCACCCAACCUUCGAGCAGACGAUGAUCCCUGCUAUUAUGACGAUCCCAAUGACUGCGAACCCAAGGAGGACGACUGCCUGCACGAGAUGCUGCAGCGCAGCUCCUUCGCCCGGAAUCACAUUAAGCGCAGGACCGGCGGCAGGAUCGUCAACCAUCCGAACAUCCCGAAAAUUCGGGCCAACAUCAAGUACUCAGGAAACGAUGCCUGCGAGACCGACAACUACUAUGUGCCCUUCUCGAAGAUCAAGGAGGCCUGUGACCGCCAGGAGGAAAAGGUGGAGUGCUAUCGCCAGAGACUCUGCGGCGGAUGCGAACGCAUUGUUCCCGCCCAGUGCCCACCGCACAACCAGAGGACCUGCUGCAUGCAGGUCGAGCGUAAGGACAUCCAGCAGACCAUGAAGGGUGUCAAUCUGGACACAAGACGAAAGGGCAUCGAGGUCUGCUACAAGACUUGCGAAGAAACAGACAGUGAUGUGUUCCUGGUAAAGCUGGGAAGCAAGGCAAAGUCGCAGCACAAGAAGAGCACGAUCGAGAUCGAGUUGAGGACCCCUAAACAACCUGUAACCUUGCCGGUCAGCAAAGUCACCACCGAAACAUAUGUUUCCGAGGAAAUGCUCGGUGGGGCCAAGAAAAAGAAAAAGAAGGGCAAGAAGGGAAAGAAGGGCAAGGGCAAGAAAAAGAAGUAGAGGAUACGAAAGGACCCCUGACAAUCCUUCGGUGGAUCCCAAACCACUUACCGGACCAGAAGCACACCUUUUGAGAACCCAUCCAUUGGCAUUUACAUCAAACACCUAAAUUACAGCAGUUGUCAUAAAAAUUUCAAUUUGGCAAUAUUCCCAACCCAUACAAUGCAUAUUUCGACUAGAGUUACGUAUUUGUAUUAUUUGGAAUUAACAGAACCAAUAAUUAAAAUUUUAAAUUAA